AUGACUGAUAUGGCAGAAGCAAGCUCUGUUUUGGGGAUAGACAUAAGCAGAAAUCAAGAGAAAGAUUUACUUGGACUAUCACAGAGGUUUUAUAUAGAGAAGGUGCUCAAAAGAUUCAAUAUGCAGGACUGCGCAUGCAGUGAUGUUCCCAUUGCAAAAGGUGACAAAUUAAGCACUGAACAAGCACCUAAAACUGAACAAGAAAAGCUUGAAAUGGCUGACAAACCUUAUGCUUUACUAGUAGGGAGUCUGAUGUAUGCGCAGGUAUGUACAAGACCUGAUCUAGCUUAUGCAGUCAGCAUGUUAGGGAGGUUUCAGUCUAACCCUGGGCAAGCACAUUGGGUUGCAGGGAAGAAAGUCAUGAGAUACCUGCAGAGAACAAAAGACUACAAGCUGGUGUUCAAAAGAAGUGAAAAUUUGGAAUUACAAGGAUUUGCAGAUGCAUAUUUUGCAGGUUGUCAAGACACAUUAAAAUCCACAUCUGGUUUUGUGUUUAUGUUUCGAGGAGCUGCAGUUUCAUGGAGAAGCAUACAGCAGCCUCUCACAAUAGGUUCCACAAUGCUUGCUGAAUUUCUAGCAUGCUAUGAAGCCACUUCACAGGCUAUGUGGUUGAGGAACUUUAUUAUUAGUUUAAGUGUGGUGGAAUCGAUUCACAGGCCUAUUCAGCUAUGGAAUGACAACAGUGCAGCAAUGACUUUUGCUAAGGAAACAAAAGAACAAGAGGAAAAGAUCAAUCAAGGAUACACCACCAUAGAUCAUAUAGGAACAGAUCAAAUGAUUGCAGAUCCACUCACUAAAGGAGUACCAAAUGCCGUUUUCCAUAGACAUGUUUCAAGUAUGGGAUUGACAGCUGACAUGGAUGCCUAA